GAGCGUGUGGGCGGUGCCAGUCGCUGGAGGAGUAAAGAUGGCGGCGCGGGGGCCUCCGCCUUCAUUUCCCGGCUGAACCCCUCCGAGGGAGGCGGCGGCGGCCACACCAGGCUACCAGCAUUCUGGUGGUGGUGGUUUGGGCAGCAGCUGCGGGGGCUCGAGCCAUGGCGGAGCUGGAGCACCUGGGAGGGAAGCGGGCAGAGUCGGCGCGAGCGCGGCGGGCUGAGCAGCUGCGGCGCUGGCGGGGCUCGCUGACAGAACAGGAGUCCGCGGAGCGACAGGGCACGGGGCGGCAGACCAGACGCGGGAGCCCCCGGGUCCGCUUCGAGGAUGGUGCGGUCUUUCUGGCGGCCUGCUCCAGCGGGGACACGGACGAGGUGAAAAAGCUUCUGGCAAGAGGUGCGGACAUCAACACGGUCAACGUGGACGGUUUGACAGCCCUGCACCAGGCCUGUAUUGAUGAAAAUUUGGACAUGGUGAAGUUUCUAGUGGAGAACAGAGCCAAUGUAAACCAUCAAGACAACGAGGGCUGGACUCCCCUUCAUGCAGCAGCUUCCUGUGGUUACCUCAACAUAGCGGAGUAUUUUAUUAGCCAUGGAGCCAGUGUGGGUAUUGUGAACAGCGAGGGUGAAGUUCCUUCUGACCUUGCAGAAGAGCCAGCCAUGAAAGACCUUCUUCUGGAACAAGUAAAGAAGCAAGGCGUUGACCUGGAGCAGUCAAGAAAGGAGGAAGAGCAGCAGAUGCUGCAGGACGCCCGCCAGUGGCUCAACAGUGGGAAAAUAGAAGACGUGAGGCAGGCUCGCUCCGGGGCCACAGCCCUGCAUGUCGCCGCUGCCAAGGGCUACUCCGAAGUCCUCAGACUUUUAAUUCAGGCUGGCUAUGAGCUCAAUGUCCAGGACCAUGAUGGCUGGACUCCUCUUCAUGCUGCCGCACACUGGGGAGUGAAAGAGGCCUGUUCCAUCCUGGCAGAAGCUCUCUGUGACAUGGAUAUCCGGAACAAACUGGGCCAGACGCCAUUUGAUGUGGCUGAUGAAGGUCUUGUGGAGCACUUGGAGAUGCUUCAGAAAAAGCAAACUGUGCUUCGAAGUGAAAAGGAGACACGGAAUAAGCUCAUCGAGUCAGACCUGAACCGCAAGUUUCAGAGUGGACUCUUUAAGAACAAGGAGAAGAUGCUUUAUGAGGAAGAGAGCCCCAAGUCCCAAGAAACAGAGGAAGAAAACAAGGACUCGAGCAGCUCCAGCUCAGAGGAAGAGGAAGGAGAAGAUGAAGUUUCUGAAUCAGAAACUGAGAAGGAGGCAGAUAAAAAGCCAGAAGCCACUGUCAGCCAUUCCAACUCUGAAAGCAAGAGUCGUAUCAUGGAGCAGAUCCCAGCCCCAGCUCAGAACACCUUCUCUGCCUCUUCUGCUAGGAGACUGUCCAGUCUUUUCAACAAGGCAGAAGAGCCCAAAGACGAAUCUCCUUCUUCGUGGAGACUAGGACUCAGAAAAACUGGCAGUCACAAUAUGCUGAGCGAAGUGGCCAACUCCAGGGAAGCCUUUCGGGAUCGAGGCUCCUCCAUCUACCGAUCCUCAUCAAGCCCUCGGAUCUCAGCUUUGCUAGAUGACAAAGACAAGGAUAGAGAAAACAAAAGUUAUUUUAGUACGCUGGCACCCCGGAGGCUCAGCAGCACAAGUGAUGUUGAAGAAAAGGAGAACAGGGAGUCAGCUGCUAACCUAGUGAGGAGUGGCUCCUACACCAGGCAGCCGUGGAGGGAUGAAGCAAAGGGAAGUGAAACCCCACAGACAACUGCUCCCUCCACUUACGUGUCAACUUACCUGAAAAGGACGCCUUACAGAUCCCAGGCUGACUCGGCAGCAGAGAAAACAACAGACGAUGUCUCUUCGAGUACUCCUCUGUGUGUGAUCACCAAUCGCCCUGCACCCAGCACUGCCAAUGGGGUUCUGCCUGCCACACUGUUCCCCUCCACUGCAACAGACUCCUCUGUGGAAGCCCGGGAGAAGAGGAGGUCGUAUCUGACUCCUGUACGGGAUGAGGAGGCAGAGUCUUUACGGAAAGCGCGCUCCAGACAAGCUCGACAGACGCGACGGUCUACCCAGGGUGUUACCCUGACAGACCUUCAAGAAGCAGAAAAGACUUUCAGCAGGUCGAGGGCAGAGAGGCAAGCUCAGGAGCAGCCUGGUGAGAAGCUUGAAGACCCUGGGGGGCUUGAAGGGAGUACCAAGAAGCAGGAGCCAUCGGCUGCGCCAACAAAGGAAACUGGAGAGAGUCAGCAACCUUGGGGCCGGCGUCUGGAGGAAGAGCCUAUCUAUCAUCGCCUAAGGUGUGCAACUGAACCAGACAAACCCACAACACCGGUGUCUCCUUCUGCAUCAAGACCCUUACUCUACACUAGUUCUCAUCUACUCCGGACAAGUAGAGCUUCAGACCCUGAUUCUGAGAAUUCAGAGACCACCACAGACACCACAGCUACAAAGGAAAUGGACAAGAAUGAGAAAGAAGGAGCUGAUGUGGAUGAUCAGUCCUCUAACAGGCUGUCUGUCCGAGAGAGGAGGCGACCUAAGGACAGGCGAAGAGGCACAGGCAUUAACUUCUGGACAAAUGACGAGGAUGAAACAGAGGUCUCUGAAGAGGUCAAAGAAACAUGGCAUGAAAGACUUUCUAGGUUGGAGUCAGGAGGCAGUAACCCAACCAGCAGCGAUUCUUACAGUGACCGAGCCUCAGCAAGAGCCCGUCGGGAGGCCCGGGAGGCUCGCCUCGCCAGCCUGACCAGCCGGGUAGAAGAGGACAGCAACAGGGAUUAUAAAAAACUCUACGAGAGUGCCCUGACCGAAAACCAGAAACUGAAAACAAAACUUCAGGAGGCCCAGCUAGAGCUAGCCGAUAUCAAAUCCAAGCUUGAGAAGAUGGCUCAGCAGAAACAGGAGAAGACCUCUGACCGGUCGUCGGUGCUGGAGAUGGAGAAACGGGAGAGGAGAGCAUUGGAACGGAAGAUGUCGGAAAUGGAAGAAGAGAUGAAGGUGUUAACAGAGCUGAAGUCCGACAACCAGAGGCUGAAAGACGAAAACGGUGCCCUGAUCAGAGUCAUCAGCAAACUGUCCAAAUAGAGGAGGUCAGAUCUGGAGGAGGGGACAGCAUUGCUGCCCACCCUUCCUUCCCGGCUCCUCCCUUCUGGUCCUCGUCGGUCACCUCCUCUGCACUCUGCACUGUACAUUUCUCUACACUCUGUGUCCCAUUGCCCCCGCACCUCUAUCCCAAGUUUCUGACAGUUUUAACUGAAGCAUGAUUGUGACCAUUUCAAGCAGUCUGGAGAAAGAUUUGAGGGCUUCACUAAGCUCAGCUGUGGACCCCCAACUUUCUGCUGCUUUGUCCACAUUGGUUUCGGUACAAAAUGUAAGGCUUUGACCCAUAGCCUUUACACUGACCCGCUGUCCUUUGAUAUAGGUGAGUCUUGUGGUGGCCCCCCCAGGAUCCUAUCUGGGGUGCCAGGAGAGAGGACAGAGUGUGGAGUUGCUCUCUGGACUGCCUCUGGAGCUGUUGUGUAGAGUCCAAGGUGAUUGUGACUCUGAUAUUCACCUCUCAGGGACUGACUCGUUUUAACUUUUCUAUCAAUAAGCUAGAACUGCCCUGGCUGGUCUGAACCCCAUUUCCCCCUUCCUACACGGCUUAGAUGGCCCCGGACUCUCUUGCUCCUUUUCUUUCUGUCUUUUUAUGAUUUCUCCACCCAGCCUGAUGGCAUAAAGCUGAAACAGAGCUCCUGACCUCAGCUGUUUUGGCCCAUUGUGGAAAAUCAUCACUGCUGCCUUGGACCCAUGACCCCUGUCCCAGCAAAGCUGGAGGAUGGCCGAAGGGUCAGCCCGUAGUUCACAUCUCCCACUUGUCUGCUCACAAAGUGAUUUUCUGGACUCUUCAAGUCAGACAUAGUAGUAUACACCUAUAAUCCCAGCACUCAGGAAGCUGAGGCAGGAGGAUCAGAAUUUGAGGCCAGCUACAUAGCAAGACCCUCUCAAGAAGAAGGAAGUGUGGCUUCUGAAGACUUGAGUUGGCCUGGCUUCCUGUGGCUUUGUUUCCCUGUCCACUUGUGUACAUGUUCCUCAUGAGGAACGAGUUGUUCAAGGAGGCCUGGAGGAGAGUGAGGGGGGAGCCAGACUAGGGAUGGAAACGGGCUGGAGAGCAUGUGAGGACACUUGGAACGCUGGGCUUAGGCUGUGAGGUGGCGGCAGUCACAUUUGGGGAGAGAGAGCGAGCCCUUCCUGGAAGCCGACAGGAGAAGUGACUGCUGGGGAGAGACAGAAGAGGCUGACGUGCAUCCAGCCCCGAAGACUCUUUAAGAGUAGCAAGGCUCGUACAUCUGGCCCAGCUGCUUUGUGUUUCUGGGACCCCUCUCUGCUACCAUAGCUUUGACCUGUGGUCAGCCUUUGGUAGCUGUGCAUUUAUUACUUGAAGGGUGGCCCCCUCUAAUAACCAGAGUUUUUAUAACAGAAGCUGAGGUCUCCUGCUCCCUGCCUGCCCAGCACAUUAAAGAUGGAUGGGUGGUGGUCUCUACUUCUCUAGUCCCUUCAGUCCUCCUCAGAUGUCAUGAUUUUGAUGCCUGUCACAUCUUGACUACCAUCUCCUAGCAUCUAGGCACAAGCAGCCCUUUAGAUUGCCGUGUCUCAGUCUUUAGAGUAUCCCAUGAUUCCAGCACAUAGUUAAAGAACUAGUUCUCAUCGAUGACCCAGUGUUGAGGAGAUAAUGCUUGAUUUCUGUAGACAUUUUGUCCUUUGGAUCACAUUAAAGGACAGGUCCUUAAAACCUCAUUAUCUUGGGGUUGCCAGUGAUGUGGACCAUUCUAACACUACCUCUGUUAUUUUCUUUCAUGAGGACAGCACUGUCCUUUUCUGUGGCCCUUGCAGACUUCAUGUGCUCUUAAACAGAAGUUGUAAUUCAGGGUCCCAGUUACAGAAUAGGACCAUGCUCACUCUGACACACUUUGAGCACAUACAAGAUUCUCUUUUCCAUUUCAACCCACUCUAUUAUGGAGCACUGAGCCCAGAUCUUAGAGAGGACUGAGCCACAGUGAGAAGGACCUGUCUUCUGUAUAGGAAGCAUUCUCUUCUUGCGGGGAAAUGUCAACAAAGUGUUAGCCAACUGAUUGUCCUGGAGUGGCUAGGAUACUGGGGAUUGCUGCCUUGUCCUUAGGAAGAGAAAAUGAGAUGUUAGGAAAACAUUGUGAGUUUCUUCCAUUCGUAGACCAGGAAAAGGUAUUGCAGAGUUCUAUGCCUGUGGGCCUUUUGAAGUGUCAGGACGGGUUCUCAAAACUCACAAACUGGCAUUAAUGCCUGCUGCUGUACGUGGCUUUCCAUGUUAAGACGCCACCUCUUGCCAGGAAGGCAAGUUAUUUAUAAGCUUUUCAGUCUCAGGAGUACUGGACUCUGUAGCCAAGACCAUAGUACAAAUGAUCAUAGGUAAUUCCAGGCACUUCUUUUUAGGCCACUAAUUUUAUUAGUGAAUCUGUUCUCUUCAAAAUGACAUUGACUGAAAGCCCCCAUGAAAGACAUAGGCCCUCUCGUGGCCAGCCCGGACUCUUGGUGCUGGUCUCUUUCCUCUGUUGCUUGCCAGUUUCACACGGGAGGUCUCCCUGGCAGCGGCUUCCUGUGAGUAGUCUCACAGCUGGAGCGUGCCGACCGCUGCAAGCAGGUAGCCAUACAGGAUUCAGCCCUGUCACAGACCGCGCUGCCUGGGAAGUUCAGAUGGGGACAGGAAUGUUCUCACUACACAUCACACUCUAUGUUCUCAUCCACUUGACAGCUUUGGAGUAACAGCUGGGCCAGUCCAGAGAUUCUGGGGCUCCUGAGCCCUUCCAGACAGUACCGGGAAGUUUUGGCUCCCAGUCCCCCGUCUCGAGGGGAAGAGUGAAGCACAUUUAAGGUGUUGUCUCCAAAGAAUCUAAAGAACAGAUCGAUCCCGGGCCCUCUCAGUCCACUGAGUGCUCAGCUGGGCUGUUCUCAUUUCCUAGACCCUCCUGGCUCUGUCCAACAGUGGGGUGGGGCAUGUUCUCACCCCGCUUUCCCUGCUUCUGUCCCAGUCCUCAGCCCUCUAGACGCAAGCCUUGUUGGAUGAGGUGGCUUCUGCCCAGGAAGUACAGGAGUGGAGUCUAUGGGCCUACAAAAGAGUACAUAAACCAGAAAUGAAGGAGGAACCCUCCAAGUCAGGCCCUUGGCAGCCAUUCCUAGCAGAGACAACUGUCUCCACCCAGUAUUCAGUACUGACAGUGCUGGCACUUGUUAGGAGGUGAGGCCUCGCUGACCAGAAGCCUGGGGAAGAGAGGUCUCUAGAAAACAUCUGUCAGCUGCUUCCGGACUGUCCUCCCUCAGGAUGGGGAGGCUCUAGUCCAUGGUCCCAUGCCUUUUCAGAAGUGGGCCCUGCCCGGAUCCAUGCCUAAUUAUAGGUACAUCUCGGUUGCCCUUCUGUUCUGAAGGUAGGUGCAAACCCUCAAACAGUAUAGUUCCCUCAACCCAGGACGUGAGGCAGGACAAGGUGCACAGAGCUGAGCUACAGAGAGUCCAGGGUCAUCUUAUUUAGCUGUAACCCUUGGGCAAGAUAAUCUUUUAGGGUCCCAUUGAGCUUAAAAUUCUGUGAUUUAUUCAUUUCUAGAAAAAUGAGAACAUUUUUUUUUGAUGCUUAGAUUUCUGCUUUUUUUCAAAUUUUCAAGAUCAGUCUUGUUUUCUUCCCAAAAUCAAGCUGUUUAAGAUCAGGAUGCCAAGGCUGACCCCUCCUCCCUGUUGGAAAGAGAAUUUAACGCUGAGAGCAAUUGAAUCAUGUUGUGAUUGCUUUUCCUCCUGGUGGUGAGGUAAAGAUGUUCCCAACCUGAAGAGGUGAUGAUUGGAGCUGGUGGGGGAUGGAUAGAGCAGUGUGUCACUAGGGAACCAGCUGCGGCUUGGAGGCCUGCUCGGCCACCUCUCCCAGAGGUGACCAGCACUGCUUCUUGGUACCCAGGCAGCAGACUCAACUGGCACCAGCUGGUUUCUAGUCUUGAACUCUGCCUUGGGCAGCAAGUGUUCUGUAGUGAAGACCACAGCUGUUACUUCGGCCGAGUCUCAGAAGUGGGACGCUCUGGAGCUGUUCGGGGUGGUCUUUCACAAGAGAUGCUACACUGCGUUUGUAGCUGUUUACAGAAGCCACAAACCACAUGGCAUCGAAUGGUGCCCUGCCCUGGCCAGACUCCUGCAGCCAGGGCUGGAGGUGAGGAAGGGGCCAAACCCAGGAAGUGGGUGCCUGCGUGCUACAAGGGUAAAGGAGGAGGCAGCGUCUUUGAAUGUGGAACAGGGUGGAGAUUGUAAGCAGUGGGAGAAAGGAAGGCAGAUUUCUGCACCUGGAAGUGCGUUCUGUCUCACGAGUUCAUCCCUCAGCUCCAGCUGAGGCUGAGUGGAGAUUUUAAUCAGCCUUCCUAAUGGGUAUUGACACUGCUCAGAGCAGUCAACUCUGUCAGGGACAACUAUUGAUUGCUUGUGUUCUGAUGAGAUGGGAAAAAUAGAUCAACUCCAUUAUCGCCCAGAGGCUGCCACUGUCACAGCUACAGAGGAACGAAGUGGUCUCUGAGGGCUGAGGAAAAACAACUGGACUCCCAACAAACCAGAGGGCAGCCGGAAGGUGUAUCCAUGGCUCCUUGAGAGCUGGGGUUAAGGGUCACAGUUGUCCUGAGGUGUGCCUUGCAGCCCAGUACCUAGGUGCCCACUGGCUAGCUAGAUGGUGGAGGAGGAGGGAACUUGGAAAGCCCAUGGCUUUACUGACGUGUGUUCCGGCCUUACCUCAGAAGACUUGGCAAUGUGAGGGUCUCUUCCAGUCUGGGAACACACACACACACACACACACACACACACACACACACACACACACACUUGCCAGGCUGGAGCUUUCAAAAAGAGCUCUGGCAUUUUCUUGUUUAGAAAUGAGAACUCAGAAAGCAAUUUUAGCCAAGUGUACUCUGUCUAUUUUCCUCUUCCUAUACCACUUCCCAAAGGACUUCUCUCUCCCAGCUUGGGAAUCUGCCAGAAUGACAUUUUGUUAUUUCUCCUCUAAAUUUUCCCCUACUGCUUCCAAUAAAAAUGUACUUGGGUGGCCCCUGAGGUGUCAAGAUGGUGGUGCAGGUCCUUCCAAACAAGGACCCUUCCCCUCCUGCCCUCCCCUCUGCCACACUCCUUAGGCCUCGCUUCUACGCUUGGACUCCAUGGUGCUUAAGGGAAGAGGUUUCCCAUUAAUCAGCCAAGAGGCCUGGAGGAUUUUCAAACGCUGACAGCAUGUUUCUCCCCCCCCCCCACGCCCCGCCCCAUCCAGCCCCAUUGCACUUUCAAAGCCUCUCCGAGACAAGGUUUGGUUUAUGGGUCUGGAUGAUUCCCGUCGCAGGACUGACUGUGUCUGAGACACUCAUUCCGUCUUUUCCUGAGGAUGUGAUUGGUCCCCACGUGUAAGGCAGAAGUGUCUCCCCAGCACGGGCUGGACUAGUUUGUGUAGUGCAGCCGCUCAGCCGGGCGGGAGAGAAGAUCCAGAAAAGGCUGGACCGUGAGAGUCCUAAGAGCCUGAGGCCUUGGGCAUGCUCUUGUGCCCAGAGCUGGGAUCAGAGUGGCAUCCUGAACAAGGGACACUCAGGGCCAGCAGCACCAAGUCAUGUGUCUGUGCUGUUCUCAGCCCUGCUCUCGGGAGACCUCCCGCGGACUCCAGCUUAUCCUAGGAUGGGAGUGCAAAGUGACUGUAGGUAAAGGCACUGGAGUGGGUACAGGAGAAAGAGUUCCGAGACUGCGCCCGUCCAACACGCCCACCUUACCAGUCAUCAUCCCUUGAGCCCUCAAUAGCAGGUCGGGCCUCCUCCUGGCCUGACCUUAGCACAGCCGAGAUUUCCCUGAAGAGGGAGUGAUGUGCAUGUGGCAGCCUCUCCCUCCUGGAGGGACAUGUGGUUCAGAGCCCGGCUUUGGCGUCGGUUUCCCUCUUCCCUGAGUCCUUUCCCUGAUCCUGAUCACCACUUGAGCGCUAGCAUUUUGUAUUUCCUCUCUCCGCCCUUCCCCCACGCUUCACGCACCCAAUGGAGCUGUUUUCCAGCUGAGUUGUGUGGAUUAACUUCAGUCAACUGUAAAUACACCUGGAGGAGGCUCCUGAGGCAGGGGAAGCCAGACUGGCUUUGUAAACUGAAUGUAUUUUUAUGCAACUUUGAGUGGCCUUUCAACCCUAAGAUGGAUGGAUUUGCUUUACUGGUUGUUAUUAUAUGGUAUUAAGUGUUCUGUGUUUGAAAGUUUGGGAAUAAUAUUCACAUCUAUGAUGCCUGUAAACACAUCAGUAUUUAUAAAUGAGCAAAUAAAACUGUGUUUUAACUUUG